AUGUUCGAAGACUUUUCCUUCACAUCGCCGUCGUCGCGACCAGCCCGUCUCGCCCUCGACUUGGAUGACCUUCCAAUGGUCGACAGCGACAGCAACCUAAUUUCGCCACUUUCCUCUCGCUGUCCAUCACCACAAUCCCAACGUUUCCGCAACAUCUCGCGCUCACGCUCCUCUCACUUCCAUCGCAACCAACAACCUCCAACAUCCGUCCCCUUCCCCUAUGACUCGGACCACAAGCGACUAUCCAUCUCAACCCUAACCCAAAAACUACACGAACACACCCUUGCAGCUCCAACGGGCGAUCUUCAAAACAGACACACUCACAACAACACCCAAACCCGACACGGGAGACACACACCCGGCUCCCGCCGCUACCCAGGCACAGGAUGCGUCCUCACACCCCCAGACACAGAUCACUCCGACGACUCCGGCGUCGGCGAAUGUCUCUCCUCGCCCUCCGCAUCCUCAGUGACAAGCCCCACAUUCAUGCCCCCGGACCUCCUCUCUGACCUUCCGGACUUCGGCCUCGGACACCCCUUUUACCCACCACCCAAUCCAUACCACCAAGACGUCCGCAGGCAGCGCGAGCAGAUCUCUAGAUUACAAUGCAACGAGUCGGAAGUCGAGGCUAUGCAGCGCUCAUUGCUAGACGACACCUCUUCCGCACCGGACUGCUGCGACGAAGACGAUCGUCAUCCUAGCUCGUUGCCGCCGCGGUCUUCACCGCGGAGGAAGGCGAUCACGCUUGCGCGGAGCCGGUUUGGGCCGGAUGGUAUCGAUGGGAGGGCGAGGAGGAAGAGUUCUUCGGCGGGGGUUUUGGCGAGUCGCGUUGACAAGAGUCAUUACGGUGGGUUUGGGAAGAGGAAUGAGCAGGGGCUCCGGAGGAAGAGCCUUGUGAGUGCUGCUUUGGCUUCGAUGGCUGAGAGAGAUGAUGAUUGA